AUGUCGAAGACAAGAUACUAUUUGGAACAAUGUAUUCCUGAAAUGGAUGACUUGGUGGAGAAGGGACUUUUCACUAAAAAUGAAGUUUCCUUAAUCAUGAAAAAAAGAACCGAUUUUGAACAUAGAUUGAAUUCUAGAGGGUCCAGCAUAAGCGACUACAUAAAAUACAUUAGUUAUGAAACUAACGUCAACAAAUUACGUGCCAAACGGUGUAAGAGAAUCUUACAAGCUAAGAAGACGAACAGUCUAUCUGAUUGGUCCAUUCAACAAAGAAUAGGCUUUAUAUAUCAAAGAGGAACAAACAAAUUUCCACAAGAUUUAAAGUUCUGGGCAAUGUACUUGAAUUACAUGAAAGCAAGAGGUAACCAAACAUCAUAUAAAAAAAUUCACAACAUUUAUAACCAGCUAUUGAAGUUGCACCCAACCAAUGUGGACAUUUGGAUUAGUUGUGCGAAAUACGAAUAUGAAGUUCAUGCCAAUUUCAAGAGUUGUAGAAAUAUCUUUCAGAAUGGGUUGAGGUUUAAUCCUGAUGUACCCAAAUUAUGGUAUGAAUAUGUGAAGUUCGAGUUAAAUUUCAUCACUAAGUUAAUUAACAGAAGAAAAGUGAUGGGCUUAAUUAAUGAAAGAGAGCAGGAGCUCGACAUGCUAAAUGAACAAAAAAAUAAUCAAACCCUUGAUGAAGAGAAAUCUCAUGUACAAGUUCCAUCAACUGGUGAUUCAAUGAAAGAUAAAUUAAACGAAUUACCAGAGGCGGAUAUAAGCGUACUAGGUAAUGCAGAGACUAACCCAGCAUUGCGUGGUGACAUUGCAUUAACUAUUUUCGAUGUGUGUAUGAAAACUUUGGGCAAACAUUACAUUAACAAGCACAAAGGUUACUAUGCCAUUUCGGACUCUAAAAUGAAUAUUGAACUAAAUAAAGAGGCUUUAAAUUAUUUGUUCUAUGAGUCAAUGAGGUACAUUCAAUUAUUCGAUGAAUUUCUAGACCUGGAAAGAGAUCAUCUUAUCAAUCACGUGUUACAAUUUUGGAAAAAUGACAUGUACGAUCUUUCGCUCCGUAAUGAUUUACCAGAGUUGUACUUGAAAACAAUAAUGAUUGACACCACUCUAAAUAUCAGAUACAUGCCAGUUGAAAGACUCGAUAUUGACCAAUUACAAUUGUCUGUUAAGAAGUAUUUUGCAUAUAUAUCGAAAUUGGAUAGCAUGCUGGUAAAGUCAUUGAGAAGCGAGUAUUCUACAUAUUUACAAGACAAUUAUUUGAAAAAGAUGAAUGCAGAAGAUGAUCCUAGGUAUAAAGUUUUAAACUUAAUUAUCAGCAAACUUUAA